AGUCGUCGGUACACGAUAUUAGAGUCACGGUAGGAUUCUGAGGACAGGGCUGCAGUUGGAACCUAACCCAUGGUCAAUACAGUGGCAGACACUGUGACACGACAUUGCAUAAUACAUAGUAGACCCGGCGGCGCUGGCAGUGGUGGUGCCUCCACCUACCGAGCGCCGGCCGAACUGUGGCCAGUGACUGUGCGUUCCCGCCGCUCCGGGCCGGUCGGCUGAUCCGCCGGUCAGAGGUCGGCGGCGGCGCGCGCUCUGCCGGCAGACAGGUCGCGGUGUCGAGCGUGCCGGGAGGGAGGUCCCGGUCGGACUGAAGGGAGGCGGCUGAAUCAGCGGUCCGUGACCUCUGUCGCCCUCGGUGUGACCCGUGCGGCGCCAUGUGGGGUCGGUCCCGGCCGGGCGCCUGGUACCGCUGGUACCACCUGGCGCUCAUGACGGCCACCUACAUCACCGGCGAGCUCUCCCACUUCUUGGUCGGCAUCGUCAGCCGCCAGAUGGCGCAGGAGCUCCACUACGGCGACAUCGGCUGCGUGGAGCGCGAGAACGCGACAGACGCUGGCGCCGACUGCUACACCUUUACCGACAAUACCAGCUGCACGGCAGUGGACGCCUGCGAGUGGACCUACACGGGUCUGGGCAUCCAGUACCAGGUGCUGGCCGGGCCGGCCUUCAUAGGAGCCUUCACUCUCGCCGGCCUGGUGUUCGGCAGUCUGGCUGAUUCGUACAACAGACAGCGUCUGCUGACGUUCAGCACCGCCCUGCUGACCGUCUCCACCUUCCUGAUGGGGUUCGCCGCCGAGUACUGGCACCUGGUGCUCUUCAGAAUGUGCACCGCAGCCGGGGAGGCGGGUUUCGCGCCACUAAGCUCCGGCAUGAUAUCGGACCAGUUUCCGCCGCAGCUGCGCGGCAUGGCUAUGUCCAUCUUCACCUGGGGCAUCUACUUCGGCUACGGCAUCUCCUACGCCAUCGGCAACUACGUCUCGGCGGCCGACAUCAUGGGACAGAGCUGGCGAUGGGCGUAUUACGUGGCGGCCAUUCCCGGAGCCGUCCUGUGCUGCCUCCACCUGACGGCGCACGACCCGCGGACCAGACAGGCGGUGCUCAGCGACGGAGAACACGACCUCUACCGGAUAAAGACCUCGGAGUCAGAGGCGGCACCGGUCGCCGCCGCGGAGGCCGCCGAGGGCGCUGGGUCGCGCGCCGGCUGGUGGAGCCGGUUCGUGGUGGACAAGCUGCGGGUGUUCCUGCAGCCGAGCAUCCUGCUGUUGCUGCUCGGCGCCUCAAUGCGACACACCGCCGGGUUCUGCUGGUCGACAAACACUCAGCUGUACUUCCAGACCUACUACCCGACGGCCGACCUGGGUCUGUGGCUCUCCUGGGUCAGCAUCGUCGGCGGCUCCAUCGGUGUCACCGUAGGCGGUGUGGUCAGUGACCGGCUGGUGAAGCGGAUCGGACUCCGGGCCAGGAUCUGGGUACUCUCGGCCAGUCAGCUGGUGGCCACGCCGUUCGCGGUGGGCGUGCUGUACUUUCCGCCGCAGUGGUGCUUCGUCAGCCUCCUCACUGCCUAUCUGUUCGCCGAGAUGUGGUUCGGAGUGGUACUCGCCAUCGUCGUCGAGCUGGUCGAGCCCGACGUCAAGUCCUCCACGGUCGCCAUCUUCCUCUUCAUCAUCAACAACGUGGGCGGCAACAUGCCGCUGGCGGUGGACGGGCUCAGCGACGUCAUCGGCUACCGGGACGCCCUCUACGUGCUCUACCCGGGCAUGUACUUCGCCAGUUCGGUGGUGUUUCUUCUGACGGCGUUCGCGCUCCGCCGGGACGGCCAGCCGCCCGCCGCCGCUCAGGAGCUGGCAGAAUCAUAACCGACUCUCAGGUGCCGUCCUUUUGAAUCAAUUAAGGCUUUACUCGCAGAGUUUCUGCUCAGCUCUCAGCCUGAGUUCACAGUGUGUCUGAGCUCUCAAACUACAAACCCCAACUCCCGGAUAGCUCAGGAAACUGAGAGCCCUCUGAGAGCUCAGACGUCAGCUGUUAGUCGUUACUGUAAAUGCUCACACUCAGUUCGCCAGUUAUCGUGAUCUGCUCAUUUCGCCCAGUUCGCAAUACUGAGUUCUUUAGUGAGCUGCUGGCGACUGGUUGCACUUUGGCCUGAGUUUCGAGUGCUGAACAGGACUUACAUGCUCUCUUACAUGGAAGCAGAAGCCAGAAGUCGUCCCUGCCACGAGCGAUGGAUCGUAUUACAUGCGUAGCUGAUUAUAUAUGGAAACUGUGUCGUAGGGACGAUUUUGUAUUUGUUCAUGUUGUCACAGAUAUGGACUGGUCGUUUGGGCCGACGCCUGCUGUUUCCAAUAUAUAGGUACAGGGUGUCCAGAAAAAAGAUACUACGGAAAUUAAGUCGCAUUCAUUAACGCACGUGCCGAUUUUGUUCCAAAUUCAUGUGCUUAUAGUGCAAGAUUUGGCAAAACUCAUGAGCACUGUAAUGCGUCGUUGCAAAGUUGUCUGCUUGCCCUCCGAGAUGGUCAACAUGACCAUCAGUCACCUGCAGACUGUGCUAGUGCUUGAGCUGAUCCGCCGUAAGGCCGCUCACAUUGAGUGUCUGCUUUGAGGAGCUGCCGCAACUAACCCAAGGCCAUCUAUAGAAGGUACAGUCACUCCCCCACCGACCAAUCAGAGACAGAUCCUGAGUGACGUCACCCCUGAUGCUCGAAAGGGGUACUCCAUUCCUUUACAACGUAAAAAUGACUAACUUCAUUUGAAGAUUGCUGGUGACACUCUACACACAUCGCUCAACCAUUGAUGGCAUUUGAAAGUCCAACUAAUUUUCUAGCGAUAAAAAAGAGCAGCAAUAUGCUAAGAAAUGGCCGGUUUUGAAGAUGUAGACGAUUUAAAAACCCUCUGCAGUUGCAGGAAAGCAACGUAAAAACGCAUCGAGCUUAUAUUUUUACUAUGAAUAAAUCAUUUUUCAGUAAGUUUUUAGAUAUGGUAUCGAUUUAUUCAACAACUUUAUUACAAUAUUUUUAUUACUUGGAACUUUAUUUCAAUAUAAUAUUUUCAAAAAUGGCAACUGUUGGUAAGUAGCUUUGAAGCGAUUGUGGCGCGCCGCGCCAUUAUUGUCCUGAGGCCCCCAUAUGAUGUCAUCAAAAGUGGAGUGACAUGGGCCUGAACUAACCAAAGAGUUUACAUGCCAUGUGGCACCUGCUGUCUGUUUUGCCAUAUUUUGGCGAAUACAAGCAUGUGCCAUUUUAAAAUGUAAGGUGUUUAUUUUCGGAAUUACAGCAAAAAAUUAUAGUAUCCGUUUUUUCUGGACACCCUGUAGGCAUUUUAGAUAUUUUGUGUUGUUACUCGUCAAUAUAUUCAAAUAGUAUGGUGCAAAAUAUUAUCCUUGGUGAGGAAUGUCAGCAAGUAAGCACAGUAAAAUGCCUUGUAUUUUAAACUUGCUAUUCUGAUAAAGAGCUGUGCUCGAAUUUAUCAAUAAACAAGUGUUUUUGCUUUAA